UGUCUGAGCUUACAGCGAAGAAGAAGAAGAACCAAUGAGCUUAAAGGGAAUCCUUCCGCGGUCACUAUAGCGGGAACCUGUGACAAAACAACAAUAAAAACAAUAAAUUGAACGUUAUUAAAUUUGAUCGAAUAGUCGGGGGAUUUUUUAAGAGGUGAUAAAAACGUGACCGUCUUAGCUAGCUGUUUGAGCGUCCUGAUUGUUGCUGUUUGAAGCAGGUAACUAGGUCUAACAUCCUAACUGACUUCCUAUUGGAUACCUGCUAGUGCACUUAACUUGGUAUGUAGUUCAUGUAAAGCAACAAAUUAGUUCAGCUCCCUAACUAGGCUGCAUCUACACCAUAUUUCACCUCGGAAGUAUGUUUUAUUUAGACUAUAGCCAGCUCACUGUCAGGCAGUUUGUUAUACACAACAAGUAACUGUCAUGUACACCUGCCUGUACUGUGUAACGUCUGUUUAUGCUAGUUAGUUAUCCCUGCUCAGGGAUAUGUACAGUGGAAGCUCGUUAAUCUGCUCUGGAAAUGGCUUAUCGACUGACACAAGAAGAGCUGGAUCAACAGUUUGAACAGUUCUUGAAAGAGUCAGUGUCCGAUGACUCGGUUGAUUUGGGCAGCAGCUCUAAGCGCCCCAGCGUUUUGGAUAGCCUAGGAAAGGCACCUCAACAGCAACAAGAGAAGAAAAGCCAGAAGUCUGUGCCUUGGUGGCAAGAGGAUGAGGACAGUGAUGAGACUCAGGGAAGAGUCCCAUCUAAGCCCAUCCCUAAACCCCGCAGCAAGGCACUUGACAAAGUUAGACAUCAAGGCAAGAUCCAUCUGCCUAAUCAAGAGCCCUCUCACAGCACAGACAGGCAGCGAAGCACUGAACACCUUACAUCAAAGUCAAAGGCUCAGUCCUCCAAAACGUCCAGUGAUUCAGAAGGAAGUAGUGCCUCAGAAGAUGACACUCUCACUGGGUCAGGUGGUACAAGACCAGUUAUGGCUGAUAAUUCCCACAGUUCCACUGAGACUGCCUCUGGUAAUCCUCCUUCAGAGAAUAGAAAGAGUGAUUCAUGGAACAGCAGCAAUGCUCUUGGGAGGACCUUCCGCAAAUCCUUAAGAAAGUCCCAAACCAUCCAGGAGGUUGAUGAAGAUCAGGCAAAGGAGCGACGUUUUCAUGAUGAGCCCAGAGGAGAGGAGGUCGUGUUCAGCCGAGACAGUCUAGAGCCAGAAGAUUCACUAAUAAUAUAUGGAUCUGCACAGAGUGCUGCUGCUUUGGGCUUGAAAACUCUGAAUGAGGAAGAGGAGCAGUCUGUGACUGAAGACUCAAGACUGAACAAAGACCAGGAAUCCUUCAGCCCUGGUCUUGUGUCUCCUCAAAGAGAAGAAGAUGUCUCUUUGACAAAGCAGAAUCAUAGUGCAGAUGGAGAAAGAGAUUUGGGUUCUGUGAAAGACACCCCAGCAUCCCCUGCUUACAGUGAUGAUUUUGAAGAUGAGGCAAGCGAUAAGGAACCCAAAGACAAGAAGCCAGAAAGGUGUGGCAUGCUGGCUAAAGUGUCACUACAUGACUCUCUGAACUCCACGGAUGGAGCUCCAGUGCCUGCUUUGCUCAGUGAUUCGGCAGAGAAAACCGAGUACCCUGACUCCAGAAUAGCACAGGCGGCAGGGCCAGGCACCACGGGACUGUCAUAUGGUCAGAGUGGGGCGAGUGACAUGGAGGCUCUGCAGGAGGUUUACAUGCAGAUCACUCACUCAGUUGGUGAGUGUGAGGAGCGAGAGAAGGAGCAUAGCAGGAGUCCCUUCUCUCUCUCCACUCCAGAAUGUUUGAAAAGAACCGCACAGCAGGCCUCCACUACAGAAUCAGAUUUACCCACUGUUGAAGAACUGAUGCACACUAUUGGACCAGAUUCGGGAAUCACCUUUGGCUUGUGUAUUGAGAGGCUAAGUGAAGUGGCUGUUGACAAGAAGGCUAAAAAAUUGGAUUCAGAGGACCAUACUUCAAAAUCUAAAGCCCAGCACUCUCCUGUGGCUCUCAGAAAAGCAGAUAAUGAGAGCCCUGCAGCAAUGGAGCCAUAUCACAGACACAGGAGCAUCACAGAAGAGGUGAAAAGGCUCAUGCAGGAGCAGGAUAACUUCUCUGAGGUAUCUCCUGUUGCCUCUGGCAGAGGCAAGAAAUCUCAGGUUCAUUCAGCUGCCUCUGGAAAAGCUUCAGUCCCAUCUGUGAGGAAUAAGAAAGCUGACAUCAAGCCAUUACCCAAAGCCUCUAUGCCAUGCAGGCCCAACAGUUUAGCUAAACCUCCAUCUCCACUGACACAAAGAAAGACUCGAAACCAGCCCUCCACAAGGAUGUCUUCUCUUAGUCAAACACGUGCUGUCAAAGGUCCAGACUCCAGCUUGAAGGUAAGCAAUGAACUUGUUGCUUCAAUCCAGUCCAUUGCUGCUUUUUUACAACACCGAAUGGAAGUAGAUGGUCCCAACACUGGCUGUCCUGACCAGUCAGACAGCAACACACAGCAAGCAAAACAUAGCAAAAGGGAGAUGGAGAAAGAGGGAGUUGCAGCCAGAGGCCAUGACCUUCCAUUGGAGUAUACCUCACUGGAGCGUAUACGUCUGCAGCUGGCUCAGAAAGAGAGAGAAUUUCUCCUCCGAGAGAAGCAGCUCCAGCAGGAGCACAGCAAUGAGAUCAGCACUCUCAAACAGGAGAACUACAUGUUGCAGAGCAAGUUGCACAGUGCAGAAGAGGCAAACAAGAAGCAGAGAUGGAGUUUUGCUGAGUCCUCAGACCCAGGAAAAGAAGAGAAACUGAGACUGAUCGAGAAAGAGAUGAAGGAGCAGGAGACUCUAAUUAAAGGCUACCAUCUAGAGAAUGAAAAAUUGUACCUGCAGAUGAAGGCCCUCCAGGCACAAAGUAAACAAAAUGAAGAGGCCAUGUUUGUAGAGAAUCAGAAACUGCUCUCUGAAUUAGCUAUCGCUAUGGAACAGUUAAAUAAGAGCAGUAUGCCAAAGACAUUGAGAAAUACAGGCACUGAUGUCCAUGGCUACAGUGUUACUGAACUAUUGUCUGAGGUGCAUGCUGCAAAGAGAAGGGAAUCGCAGCUGCAGGAAGAAACCCACAGGUUGAAGCAAGAGAAACAGGCUCUGCAGGUGGACUUGCAGAUGAUGAAAAAAGAAAGGGACUUGGCAAAAGCACAAGUGAUCUCUACCUCAGGUGAUAAAGGGUUUGAGUUGAAGCUGUUGGAGGAAAGACAUAAGGAGGAGGUGGCUGCACUGAAGAAGAGACUGCAGUGGUAUGCUGAGAAUCAGGAGCUGCUGGACAAAGAUGCAGCCAGACUCCGAUCAGCCAAUGCAGAGACACAGAGACUAACUGAGCAGGUGGAGAGGCUGAAGAUGGAGGUAGCUAAGCAAGCUAACCAGCAGCAGAAGAAAGUGAAGGAGAGGGCUGCGGAGGCCAAGAGAAUUCAGGAUCUUGAACGACAGGUGAAAGAAAUGGAGGAGAUUCUGCGCCGUAGGCACCCAAACUCUCUGCCAGCACUGAUGUUUGCUGCAGCAGCUACAGGCGGAGAAAGGGGAGGAGAAAGUCAUCCAUGUGCAGCUCCUCAGCCAUCACAUUCUGCUGCCCUGCUGGAAAGACGCAUCCACAGGCUGGAGGCUGAGCUUGAGGGCCGUGAUGAGGAAGCCAAACGCUCACUCAGAGCCAUGGAACAGCAUUUCCACAGGAUCAAGCUCCAAUAUGAGCAGCAGAUCUCUGAUUUGGAACAACGGUUAGCAGAGCAAGGCCCAGAGUGUCGUGACUGCUCAUCUAAGAAGUCAGACACCCAGUCCCAUGCAGUGCAGGAGAUGGAACAACUAAAGGAACUGCACCAGAGUGAUGGAAGUCCUCUGAAAUCCAAGGUGGCUACUUUGAAGGAGCAACUCCAUCAGGCUCAUUCCUCAGCAGUGCCAGAAAAGCCCUCAAGACACCAGAAGCAAGCAGAAGCAGCACAUAUCGCCCGGAUGGAACGCCUGAACCAGGAGCUUACCACCAAGAGCCGAACCAUCCAGGAGCUGAAGCGCACUGUGGAGCGGCUGCAAAGAGAGAGGAAGAGCAUGUUAUUUAUCCCAAAAUUCCAAUCAUCCAGCACUCUGUCCAAACAGACAGGCAAGGACCCAUCCCUUGUCCUGGCUGAGACUUUCCCAUCUACUGAGGAUGAAAAAGAUUAUCAGCCUGGAGUUUUCUCAGGCUCUCACAUUUCUGAGGUGCAGCAGGAAAAUGAGAGACUGAGGGCCAGACAGGAUCAGCUGGAACAACAGUGGUUAGAAGAAAGAGUCUCACUUCAGGCUGCCGCCACACAAGCACAUGCUGAACUCCAGAGGGCUCGGGAGCAAAACCUAGAACAGCUGGCCUUGCUCAAGACUGACCACCAAAGAGAAAUAGAGCAUCUGGUAGCUGGCCACGCCUUGGAGCAUUCCUCUUCCAAAGUUGCGGAGCUCACAAAUCAAGUGAAAUCACAGGAGGUCAUGGUGCUGCAUUUGCGUGAGCAACUGAAGGAGCUACAAAGAAUUAAAGAGGCUCUUGCUUUGUCUAAACUCCGAGAGGAGACUUUACAGAACCAGCUGUCUAAGCUUUUAGAAGAGCUAAAGCAAGCAAAAGAGGCCCACAGUCCUGAGCUGAGACACUUUGUCAGCUUGGAGCACAAAAUCCAUACCAUGGAGCUCCGAUACAAUCAACGUGAGCAAGAACUACAGCAGAUGAUUGCUCAGACACGCCUAGUGGUGGAGCAGGAGCAGCAGGCGGAGGUAAUACGCUGGAAGAGACUGGCUCAGGGGAAGGGCAGUGAGCUGGAGGCCUUCAGAAGGGAGCUGGACUCCAUACUGGAUGUGCUCCGAGAGCUGCAGAAACAGGGUGUGGUGAUUCCUGCCACACAGUACUCCUCUGCUGCUGGCUGUAUAUUCCGGCCUCUCAGAUACUGAUAUAGGGUUCUUUAUAUAACCAAGCACUACACUCAUAUGUCUGGGAGACACUUUUUGCAAUACAAAACCAUUUGAAUACUAUGGUGAGCACUAUCCAAGAUAAAACAUACCGAUUGCAUGAAUUAUACUGAUCCCUGUUAGGGCUAAGUAAGAGGUGCCAGAGUUUCCAUAUACAAUUUUUUUUUAUCCCAUUUUUAUCCUAUCACUUUUAGUGUGCAGUGCACACAGAAUACUUAGGUUUCUGUGACUUGGUUCAAGGUUCACCAGCAUUAAGUAAUUCUUAUUUGAACUCCAUUUCAGCAAUAUAAUAGAUUAGUUAGGAAAAUUAUUUGUAAGCAAAUUGUAGAUACUCUAUGAAGUACACCUCAUGUUCAACUUUUGUAACACAAUGUUUGAAUUUUGUAAUAAACUUAAGCCAAAAUGUUUUUAUCAGAUAAACUGAACCAAAUUCCAAACUUUUUAAAAAGUACAAAAGAAAAGUAUUUCCUUUCUUUUCAAAGAGGGGCUGUGCGUAAACCAAAGCCUGUCCUUCGCACCACUCUUUGCUUUGUUGAAUUUCAUUUCAUUCCUGAAAUUCUAUUUAAAUUAGUUGCUGAAGUCAGACCUAACACUAGGAUUUGAGUUCAGAUGCCAUGUGAUUUGAAUAAUGGAUAAUUCUGCUACAAAACAAGCCAUUUCAUGUGUUUGCAAAGUAAAUUGUUGCAGUUGUAACCACAUGUGAUUCAUCUAUGUGCAGUUCUCAAUGAUUAUUUGUAGUAAAAAGUGAAAACAUAAUUGUCAUAAGUUGUAAAUACUAGGAAUGUAUUCAUUCAGUCACCCCUGUGCUAGUAUUUUACACAUUUCCAUUGUAGCAAAGUGGUGUCCCUUGGUAGGCCUCAGGGGGGAAAAAAGAAUAAAAUGUCAUUUAGGUAGAGCCGCUGUUUUUAGCUGUUGAAAACUGAUCAUGCUGACAUAUUUUUCAUUGUUUAAUUUUUUAUGAAUUAUUGUUAUUGAUGUAAAAAGGAAAAGCAAAAUGUUUUUCACACUAUUUAAAAUAAAUUGAAAUUAAUUUUCUAUUAGUACUGAUCCAAAGUCUCUGUGAGUGUUUGAGUUUGAUGACUGAAGUUCCAUGUGAAGUCAACAGUUCUUAUAAAAAAUAAAAAUAAAAACUGUUUUGUCCUUGA